UACAACAAAGACAAGCCCUGGGACACGCCAGACAUCGACAAAUGGGCGAUCCCUGAGUUCAAGCCGGAGGACAACGCAUCAGGAUCACCUUUUCUCGAAGAGUCGUCUUUCAUGACCCUGUUCCCUAAAUAUAGAGAAGAAUAUCUUAGACAGAUAUGGGGGGAUGUCACCAAAGCGCUUAACAAACACCACAUUGCCUGCACGUUGGAUCUAAUUGAAGGAUCGAUGACAGUAAAGACGACAAGAAAAACGUACGAUCCGGCGGCAAUCUUGAACGCUAGAGACUUGAUAAAGCUUCUUGCGCGGUCUGUUCCAUUCCCGCAAGCUGUCAAGAUUUUGCAGGACGAUACUGCAUGUGAGAUCAUCAAAAUUGGCAAUAUUGUGGCCAACAAGGAGCGGUUCAUCAAAAGAAGACAGAGACUGAUUGGUCCGAACGGAAACACCCUCAAGGCUUUGGAGCUUCUGACUGGGUGUUAUAUGCUUGUUCAAGGUAACACAGUGGCUGUGAUGGGUCCACACAAGGGUUUGAAGGUGCUGAGAAGGGUUAUCGAAGACUGUAUGCACAAUAUCCAUCCGAUCUACCACAUCAAAGAGCUGAUGAUCAAAAGGGAAUUGGCCAAAAGACCGGAGCUUGCCGAAGAGGACUGGUCGAGGUUCCUACCGAACUUCAAGAAGCGGAAUGUUGCGCGUAAGAAGCCUAAGAAGGUCAGAGAGAAGAAAGAGUAUACUCCGUUCCCACCUGCGCAGACCCCUCGUAAGAUUGAUUUGCAAAUUGAGUCUGGUGAGUAUUUCCUUGGUAAGAAGGAGAAGAGGGCCAAGGAGUUGCAAGAGAAGCGCGAGAAGCAGGAGGAGAUGAAGGAGCUGAAAGAGCAGGAGAGAGCCAAGGACUAUGUCGCUCCUGAAGAGAAUGUGAGAGAGAACAAGCUUUUGGAGAAGAGCAAGAAAGAUAAGCAAAAGAAGGAGAAAAAAGAGAAAAAAGACAAGAAGGAGAAGAAG